AUGGAAGUGCUUCAAAAGACAUUUGGAUUAGAUGGUCCAUGUGAAACUGUUCAUUUUCAAAAAACAAGAUUGGUAUUCCAUAAGGCAGAAGAUGACAUUUUUAUAGCUAUGACACUUUUUGUACCAUCUCUUGAACGAAAAAAAGAUGAUCGUUUAAUAACGGAGUAUUAUGAUGACAGUAUUAAUGAUCGUUUAAUGAUGCCAAUUUUGAAACUGAGUCAUCGAUAUUUUAUGUUGCUGCAUGGAACAAUAUCAGUAUAUCUACUGAGUGGCGCUUUAGAAGAAUUAAAAAUUGUUUUAAAAAACCACUUUGAUAGAUUUAUUGAAACUCGUUUGUUAAGUGCAAUACAGAAUGCUACAAUAGAUUCAUCUUAUUAUGGCAUACCAUUUUUACCAGUGGAAAGAAAAAUGUAUUUGAGAGUACAGUCACUACUGAGACGUUUAGAAUUAGAAUUUUGUUCUUUAAAUGAGGCAAUGUUUUUAUAUAAAGAUCAACUACUUUGGAGUGGUCUGGAACAAGACGAUACAAAUAUUGUUUAUGCAUUUUUUCGACUCUAUCAUUGGUCUUAUUUGAAAAAUACACCAUUAAAUUCAUCACCACAAUUUUUGAUAGCCAAUGCAAACGAUAUUAGUCCAAAUGAAACAAUAAUAACAAACACGCCACCACCAUCUAAUUCACAAAAAUUAUACUUGGGAAAUCCACCUGUUUCACAUCGAGUUAUUAUAUUACAUUUAAAUUAUAUUACAAUCUAUUUUUUUCUAAAUGAUGAUCAAGAUUCUGAUGACAAUAAUCAACAAUCGAAUAUAGCAUUGCAAUUAGUUGAUAUGCUUCAAAAAGAAUUAGACGACAUAUCUCUUGGUUUAGAAGAAUAUGCACGUAAAAAAUAUCCGCAAUCAAGCACAGGUGAUGCCAACGUACGUACAAUAUAUUUUAACAAAAUGAAUAUGGCACAUUCAUCAACUGUUGACUGGACAAAAGAACCCAUUAGUAAUAUGGCUGGAAUUGUUAAUACACUAGCUGAAGAUAUGCAAUGGUUUCAUUCAACAGCCGAGUUAAUGGUUAAACGUGAAAACGAUCCAUGGGUUAUAGCUAAACGUUCAGAUUUACGUGAAUUAUUAAUGAUUGUUAAUCAAAAGAAUGCAAAUCUGAAAGAAAUUAAUGAUAAAGUGAAACAGAUAUGUGCAACACAUUUUAGUAACAUAUUUUUAAUUGAAUAA